AUGGCGUGCAAGCAAGAGACACAGCGGCUCACCCAGCAGGGUGGCCUUGUCGCGCGGCCCAUGCCACCACCUGGAGUGCGAGACGUCAGCUGUGCCUGGCCACCUGACAUGCGCAUGCAUCUAUAUGGCAUGUCGGACGAGGCGGCAGAGGAGGAGUAUCAGCGCCUCUACAGCCAGUUUCAGCACAGGCGCACACGUCGGCGAGAGCAGCAGCCCAAUGCCGUAGACAGUGGGCGCCGCAUCUUACCGUGCACUUCACCCACUCCUGCACCUGGAGCGCGCACCGUUGGUCCCAACAUGGAUCCGGAGGCACAGCGCAUCGUCAGCCCCGACGUGGCGACAUGGAUAUUAGCGAUAGCGAGUCUGGCUAAUUCGAUACCCUGUCAGGCCAAUUUGACACCCCGAACAGGUCAAUUCGAUACCCUGUCAGGCUAA